AUGGAUAAUGGCAAGUCGUUCGACAAUAGGUUGAUGAACAAGGUUUGUAAACUCUUUAGCUUCAAGCAACGUAACUCUUCUAUGUACAAUAUUGCCGCUAAUGGUCUAGCCGAGGCAUUCAACAAGACUCUAUGCAAUUUGUUAAUGAAAGUCGUCUCCAAAUACAAAUGGGAUUGGCAUAACUGUAUGGAAGAAGCUCUGUGGGCAUAUAGGACAACUCACCGCAUACCAACACAAGCGACCCCCUAUGCACUCAUUUAUGGAGUCGAAGCCGUCUUGCCACUCGAGCGUCAAACACCUUCAUUACGAUUAGCUAUUCAAGAAAGGAUCACCGAUGAAGAAAAUGCUCGACUUUGA